CGGCAUUUUAUACCCGAUAACGAGGGAUGAUAUGUAUCGAGUGUAUACUGAGUCUUUUCAUCAUUGUCAAUGACCUCUUCUUCAGCUAGGCUGAACUCUAAAACCAGUGCUUGCUGUACAAGUGAACAAUCAUUCCAUUGACAUAUCAGUCAAUUGUACUUGAUUGAGUCAUAAGAAGUGAGGACAAAAACUCCGAAUCUUGUCUUACCCAAACAUUCCCACUAUCAAGACCAACUCAGCCACGCUCUUGUGCUCUGUUCUCACCCUGCGCUCCACCAACCGAACGACACUGCCCCGCGCUGGAGAUUCCCCUGGCCUGGGGUCAAUCACUUUACUUCUUCAGCCGCGCACCAAACCAACUCAGCCCAACCUUCGAAACCCCCUUCACACGCAACAUCCCCUUUCUCUAUCCUUACUUCUUCAUAAGCCUCCCUUUUCUUCUGAGUUGGAACCGGGAAAAGAAUACCCAAAUCCCGCAUUCAUCAUGGCCUAUAACCGCCCCUACGACGAGGAUGCUCUCCCUAGGUAUGUCCCAUGCUUCAGUCAAACUGCCCCUCGUCUCCCCGCGCAUUUGUCCAUUGCGGCUCUGCGAUUGCGGCUUGAAGCUAUGGGUUGACACACGUCACGAUGCAACACAAAGCUGACCAUGUAACUUACACAGGUUCGCUGAGCCAGAGCCUGUAUGUUUGAAAUACACGCACCGUUAACGUUAUCACAACGUCGAGCAGCUUAAACUGACACUGCGCCUUUCAGAAACCAGGACAGUCUAGGACACCUGCCCCGCAGCAACACCCUCCUCCUCAGCAGCAGCACCAGCAGCAGCAAUAUGCCCCUCAACAGCAGUAUCACCACCAACAGCCUCGAUACGACAAGCCUCUACCUACCCAACGAGAUGCGCGAUCCCAUUCCCUAGGUCAAGGUGCUUACGGCCAUAUGUCGCCGCCUCCAAACCCUGGUGGUGCCAGACCACAGGCUCAUAACCGCCCUGCUCCCAACUCACGACCUCCUCCCUCGCCUGGUAUCGAUGGCAGUGGUUCAGACCCUUCACUUUUGCCCCUUUUCCGCGCUGUAGACAAAGAUGGUAGGUUCUUCCGAUUCAAGAAUAAAUCAUAAACGUACCGGCCACCUUUCCGAGAGGGAACUUUCUGCCGCCCUUGUCAACGGAGACUGGACCGCCUUUGACCCUCAUACCGUCCGCAUGAUGAUUCGAAUGUUUGACUCCGAUCGAAGUGGCACCAUUGGUUUCGAGGAGUUUUGCGGGCUGUGGUCCUUCCUGGCUUCAUGGAGGACUCUAUUCGACCGAUUCGACGCCGACCGCAGCGGCAACAUCUCUCUAUCCGAAUUCAACAACGCACUUGUCGCUUUCCGAUACCGACUAAGCCCCCAGUUUGUUGAGUUACUCUUCAACACCUAUGAUAAGAGGAAUGAGGGUGUCAUGAGUUUCGAUCUCUUUGUUCAAAGCUGUAUCUCUCUGAAACGCAUGACAGACGUGUUCAAGAAGUAUGACGACGAUCGCGACGGCUACAUCACCUUGAGCUUUGAGGAUUUCUUAACGGAAAUCCUUAAGCAGCUCAAGUAGGCGACAUAAAAACGCGAAGGCUGAAAGACUAUACGUCGGAAGCCAGCACCGAAGCUAAACUAAACAUUGGGAUCUCUAGUUGUCAUGUGGAUUUGAUUUUUGCAUCCUAAGGGAAGGGAAAGGCCAUGCAUAUAUGUUGGAGUGGAAUUUACGACAGAUACAGCCCAGACUGGGCGGUUGGGGAGGUGUUAAGAUGUGAUAGCAUGAACCAAAGAUACCCUAGGUCGAGUCUCCGGAUCCUGGCUUAGAGACCGAAACUUACCUUGACAUCAAACUUGAAUAAUAUUGCUUAGCAUGUUUUUUUAUGACCAUUGCGAUUUCAUUCGACACGAUGUCUCAAAGCACAAGGUUGGCGCAGCCUCGGCUUCUCAGUAGCUUAAACCCAGCUCAACCAAGAACAAACCCAAAUGCUUCGACUUGGGUAUGACGAGCGCUAAGUGACGCUCGUUGACGCUGAAGGCUUGCCCUAGCAAAGAAGUUGUUCUUUUUGUUGCUUAGAUAUAAUUAGCAGAGGUGAAUCCACAAUAGCUUUAUGUACGGAGUAGUUCUUCCAAGUAUUCCAUACGACAUUUCAGAUGUUUCAACCAGAAUGACAUAGCAAAUGAGCUGGCGAGUCAUCACGAGUCGUCAGAGACAAUUGAG